GCUAUUCCGAGCAACGGGAAAAUUCGCGUGACGUCGACGUCGUCGUCGUCGUCGUCCGUCGUCGUUGUGGUCGUGGUCGCGGUCGUGGUCGUGAUCAUACGCGUAAUCUCUAUAGUUGUGUCUAUAGCACAACACAAGUUGUCGUCGUGCGAAUCGCGCAAAACUGCGCGAGAGGCGUGAUGCGCAAAAAGUGUAAUCGAUGUGAUGUUUUGCGAAGGUUAUAACGAGAAUGCCAAUACAGGCACCACAGUGGACUGAAUUUCUGUCAUGUCCAAUCUGCUGUCAUGACUUUGACGUGGCCGUGCGAGGUCCCAUAUCGCUUGGCUGUGGACAUACUAUAUGUCGCGCUUGCUUGGCCAAUUUACACCGCAAGCAGUGUCCCUUUGAUCAGAGCGUUAUCAAUACUGAUAUCGAGAAACUGCCUGUAAAUGAAGCACUGUUACAAUUAUUGGGCAAUCCUGUUCCCAUUGUCACUUCAUCGGCAUCUGCAUUGAAUCAGCAGCAAAAUUAUCAGAAGCUCCUGCCAGUUGACCAACAUGCUAACUACCUGAGAGCCAAGAGUUGCAUUGAGGAGCUUGCUCUUUAUCUUAAGCCAUGUCAAAUUACCAAUGCUGCAAGUAUCGGGAGCGGAGGUGGAGGUGGAGGAUUGGUGUCACGGCCCAUGCAACGCAAACUGGUAACGUUGUUAGGUUGUCAGCUAGUAGAACCGGAAGGUAGAGCGCGCGCCUUGCGCGCCGCCCGUAGUCUCGGUGAGCGCACCGUCACAGAGCUUAUAUUGCAGCAUCAAAAUCCUCAGCAACUCAGCGCCAAUCUUUGGGCAGCGGUGCGCGCGCGUGGUUGUCAAUUUCUUGGACCAGCGAUGCAAGAGGAGGUUUUGAAGCUUGUAUUAUUGGCUUUAGAAGAUGGUUCUGCUCUUUCGCGCAAAGUAUUAGUGAUGUUCGUAGUGCAACGUCUGGAACCACAUUUUCCUCAAGCUAGCAAGACCAGCAUUGGACACGUCGUGCAACUUCUAUAUCGAGCAAGCUGUUUCAAAGUAUCAAAGCGUGAAGGCGAUUCGUCACUAAUGCAAUUAAAGGAAGAAUUCCGCACUUACGAAGCUCUUAGACGGGAGCAUGAUGCACAGAUAGUGCAGAUAGCAACGGAAGCGGGCUUGCGUAUUGCGCCUGACCAGUGGUCAGCGUUGCUUUACGGCGACACCGCUCACAAAUCUCAUAUGCAAAGUAUCAUUGAUAAAUUGCAGACGCCACAGUCGUUUGCCCAGAGUGUUCAGGAGCUUGUGAUAGCAUUGCAACGUACCCCCGAUCCUGGACAACUGAGCGGUCUCAGGCCUCAAUUGGAACUGUUAGCUGCCAUUGAUCCCAGUCCAGAAACAGAACCACCGAGUUUAGCGGAAUGUCGGGCGGCUCUAGAAGCUGUGAGAAUAGUGGUGGCUACGUUAGUGGACUUUGUUCGACAACAUGGAAGUGGUAGCAUGUGCGGCAACAAUCGGAAAUCGGCAGUACAGGAUAGUGGAGGUGGCGGAUCCGGUGCGAGUUCGUGUCCGGGUUCAGCCACCGGCAAAUACAAAGUCAGCAUGUGUAGAGACUUAGCCCUGCGGGGUACUUGUCCACGAUCCAACAAUUGUACCUUUGCUCACAGCGACACUGAGCUUGAUAAAUAUAGAUCAAAGAAUCGUAAAUUGAAUGUCAGGGCAAAUUCAAAUCAGACUGAAUCAAAGGCUGAAAAGAAUAAAAUUUUCAAUAAGCAAAACAGUGAUUUAACGACAUAUCACUCCGCCAAAGCACAUGACAGAGAUACGGUGCAACAUUCAACACCUGUUCCGAUCAACUUAGAAAAUAACUUGAUCGACUCGUUAACAUCGACCUACGUGCUACCGCUUACACCCCCGCAAAACUUACCGCACCUCAGUCUGUGCUCUGUAAAAGGAGGAACCAUGAUGAGCAGUGGAGGGUCUCCUAAUGUUCAUUGUUCUGGGCAUUACAUAAUGCCUCCAGGUCCCAUUCCCACUGUUGAUUACGGACCUUCGUUGACAACCACAACAAAUCUCGGGAUGUGGGACACUCCACAAAUUGUACCGACAAAUCAAGUAACAACAAAUCAAGUAACGACACAUGACAAAAAACGAACGGCCAUGGCAAAAACUAUGUUGGCAAUGUUGUUGCAACGUAGGAUGGAAAUCCUAAAUCAGUUAGAAAUGAUCGUUGGGAAACAGCAACAGCAGCAACAACAACAAUUAAUAUCACCGCAAAUGAAAACAACUUAUGAUCUUCAGCAAGAAGGAGAUUUAUUGACUACACCUAAUAACUAUUCCAUAUGGACCGCUGCGAAUAGUUUCCGUUGUUCAUCCGGAACGAAUACAUCUCCACCGCCCUCAUCAGCCUCACACCUACUCGACGAUGAUGGUCCCUUUAUGUCUCCAUUAGACGUAUCUCCUGCAACUUUACCACCUAUUAAUAAACAGGCACCCAUCUCGAGACUGCCUAAAACUCUGAUAAGAUCUUCCUACAAUGGAACUCUGCAGCAUCUCUACAGUGAGGGGAUUGAUCCCACUCCUAUUCCUACGCUAUCUACCGCAUUUAGACCUCCAAACUCUGUAACCUCAUGGUAUUAUGGUAAUCAACCAUACGCAGCGGUUGGUAUGAAUGGGAUACAAUCAAUGAUACCAACGAGCCCCAGUGGUGGUGACAAUGAUAACAGUUUUACCGCCGAUAAUUAUGUCGCUCUCGGCCGCAAUAUCAUUGCACCAGAAUCACAAUUCUCGAGAUCGGAGUGUAUGUCAAAGGAUCUGAUUUUGGAGUCACAGAAAGUGAAGCAGCAACUUAAACAUCUGGAGAAGAAAAUCAAUGAUUUAAAGUUGGCUACGCAAGGAGCUACUACUUUCGUCACGGCAGGCGAGCGGUUGACGCAAGAAUUGCGAAUGAUCGAGGCGGGUAUUAGAGAAAGGGAGAGAGAUGUACGAAAUUGGAGCAAUCCAUUUGGUAGUGGUACCGGUACUAACACCAUUCCUUGGAUUCAACAGUCUUCUAACGAUUGGCUAUCAAAUCAAGAAUAUAAUACGGAUUACAAAACAGAGGAGGAGGAUACAUACGAGGCUGGGAUAGCAAAUGAUAUGCGCGAACUAGAACUGCGAUGGGAAUUUGAGCUACGUGAACAGGAAAAGCACUGGUCCAGUGGAGGCGAGAAGGAUAACGUCACCACCGCUACCUCCAAGAAUAAAUAGACCGCCAAUCUCCUUUCCUUACUAUUUUUCCUUUAACUCUGUUUUCCUUUCUCGUCUAUUUUUUUGGGGGGGGGGGGAGAACAUGUAUUUUUUACAUGUCAAAAUCAAUCUGAUCCGAUCUCCUCAAAUUAAUACGAUUGAAGGUAAGUAGAAUUCCUUCAAUCCCCGUAGAGAUUGAGAAAUGCAUACAGUAUGCGCAGGCGUGCGGAACUCUUUCUCGAUUUUUCACAUUAAUUAAUUAGGAAAUCACACGAUGAAAAAUUAUAGAAAUUGUACAAUUUUAAUUUUGAUUAUAUAUACACAUAUAUAGAUAUGUAUGUAUAUAUAAUUGGGUUGUUACACAAGUUUCUUCGGUCCUUUUACUUUUUUCAAUGAAACAUACAAUGAAAAUGUUCCAUUGAUAAAAAGGCAAAAAAAAAUGGAACAAACUUAUGUAACAAUCCAAUAAAAUCGAUAAUUAUCAAUCGCAUUGAGUGCAUCAGUUCCUGGACUGUUGAAAUUAAGCAACAGUUUAGCCACGAUACUUGAUCAGAUAACUACAUGAGUUUGGGAAAAAACGUCAAAUUCAACAUAAUUAGUAUUGUUUACGUAAAGCAAUUAAAUAUAAUCAUUAAUUUCUAAAUUAACGAUCUUUCUCAAUUGAUCUCUCGAAUGGACCUGUUAUUUUUCUCUAAUUUAAGAGAGAGACCGAUAGGCAAAGUAGUGAAAUUUACGAAAGAGAUAUAUUUAUUUUUACGGGAUUUGUUAAAAUUUAGCUUAGCACACGGUCAAUGUUUUAUAAACAAUGACUCCGCAAGGUAUGCGGAAACGAAGAGGAAUAUAUUAAUUAACAUAUUUAAUUAUAUGCAGAUUUCGUAUAUUCUCUAUUGAUAAUAGUACGACAUCACGUAUACAUAUAAUGAAUAAUACAUUCUAAAAGAAUGCUGAUCGCGUUUGACCUGAUCGAUAAGGUUUGCGACCGAUAAUAACAACCACACGUUAUUACAUUAUAUGCUUAUACAUACAUUGUAGAUAUAUGCGUUAAAGGAGAAAUCGCGUCCCUUGUAAAGGACGCUAUAUUUAUAGAAUUUCUAUAUUCCGAAAACGAAAAGGAAAACGAAACCGCUGUCUCGGCUCGAUGACGAUAACUUUUAUGUCUUGUUUUAUAACUUUGAAAAAAUCUUCUUUUCAAGAAUCAAUUCUGAUCUUCUCUAAUUUUUUAUGUCCGAAUAAAAGAAUUCUUUUAUUUUAUUAGUAAAAUUUGAUGUUUAAUAAAAUAUUGUAAUGAAAUCAAUCUGUAUGUUAAAUUUCCGUGGACACGCAAAAAUAAUGAUAAUAUUAUUAAUGUUAACAUCAAUUUUAUCAAUUAUUGAUGAAUAACCAGAAAUUAAAAAUUUUCCAAAUUUUGCUGAGAGUUUAUAUUUCAUGGAAAAGCAAAAUGAGACUUAGGAAUGUCUCGAGAGAGAGAAGUCUAGUAGUUAUCCUUUUCGGAGAUCUCCUUUUAGGAGAUCGUUGCAAUAGCAAUUUGAAAUCGUCUCUUUUUUUCUAUUUUUGCGAAAUAACAAAGAGCGAUAAAAACAAUUCCAGUUUUAGUGGAAGCAAGAUUUUUUUUUAUAUAGGCGGAGUCUCGUUGAUUCCACUUUACAAAUCCUCAAGAGGACACACACACACAUAUUUAUACACAUAAUAUACUCGAACGGAAGAUGUCUUUUUUUUUUUUUAACAAAAAGUUAAUUCGGAUAAUUCGAGUUUUUUUCUUUUUUUUACAUACAUACACACACACACACACACAAACGUACGAUUUUCGUGUAUAUUAUAUUAAUGCGUUUCAUUUUUUUUAGUACUGUGUAAAAUUGAAGAUAAUUCAUAGAAGAUUAAUAGUUAUAUGCCGUUUUUACUUUAAUUAAUAUGUUUUUUUAAGAAAAGAAUUAAAUUAUUAUUUAAAUUUCUAUCUUUAAAGAGAAGAUUAUGGAAUUAAAGCAUUAAUUUUUUCUAAAUUUUUGUGUACAACCGAAAUAUGUUAUUAUUUGUUUUAUAUCCAAAAAUUUUUGGAAAUUGUUUAAAUAUUUUUUUUUACGAUUGUUCAUAGAAAUUAAAAACGCAUUGAUCUUUUCUUUGCAAUUUUGUACAAUUACUAUUAAGUCUUACAUCCUAAUUUUUUAUUUUUUGCGAAAAUAGAAAUCGAAAUUAGUUAUUCAAUAAUAUUCGCAUAAAUUUUUUUUUUAAUUUAAGUUGUUACAAGGUUUUUCAAAAUUUUUCUUUCGAAUACUUAAUCUUUAAUACUUUUUAUGUCGAAUUAUAUAUCUGUGGCAAUUAUUUUGGUAAAAUCGUUUUAAAAGAAACGUGCUACAGUGAAAACAAAUUUGUAUUCGCAAUUUAAUCGAUGAUAUUUUGUUAUUAAUUAAAUUUUUAUUCUUUGACUUAUGAUUGUUACUUUUUAUCGAGAUUUAAAUCAUUAAGAGAUUAUGUACGACUUCGAUAUAAUUUAAUCAUGCGAAAUUUAUUAUCAAUCCGCAUAGAUCGUCUAUAGCUAGCCUAGAUAAAAACAUUUGGUGCAAUUUGAUUUGUUCUUGUUCGUUAUUAUAUGUAAUAAUAAUUGCGAAAAUGUUUAUUAUAUGAGUUAUUAUAGAUUAUGUGUGUGCGUGCGAAUGUGCGCGCGUGUGAUGUGCUUUUUUCUUACCGAUUUUUUUUUCGACGAUAAUCGUAAUACAUAAUUCUUCAGCGCGGCUGAAGAAUUAUUUAACAACAUAUUUGAGAGAUUUUUUAAUAAAACGUAAAAUAAUUUUCUUAAAUAAAAAUAGAUGAAUAAAUAUUUUUCCAACAAUUUUUAAAAAAUAAAGAUAUAAAUAAAAAUAUAAAGGUAACAUAUGAAGUAUUUGUAGCGAGUAUAAAAAUAUUCGUGCAAGAAGUACUUCUUAAAACCUUAUUUUUAAAAACUAAACAUUAAUUAGCAAUUUAUUCAUAAUAAUUUACAUAUGUAUGUACAUACAUACUGUAUGUAUUUACGUAUGUAAGUACUUGUUAUAAAUAAGUUACUAAUUAAUAUUUAUUUUUUAAAAACAAGGUUUUAAAAAAUAUUUUCUGUACAAAUACUUUUUACACUUGCAUUUUUUUAAGCAAUAGAGUUUGACACUAAUAUUUGACACUAAUAUUUUAUCGUUAAAAAGUAUUAAUUUUUUUGUAUAGAUUUUCCUAAUGUAUCUCUUAUUUAGAAAUAAGCUAUAUUUUAAAAUUAAGAAAAUUUGAAUUCUUUUCUCUAACAUUACGCAAAAUUAUUUUUUUAUACACACGCGUGCACGCACACACAGGUAUACGUAUACGUAUAAGAAUCAUUCUUAUAUAGCGUAUCGCUUCAGCAAGGACUAUCCGUUAUAUAUGCCUUUAGUUACACACCGCCGAUUCAUCUUUUUCUCUUUUUUUUAAUUAUUAUUCUCGUUAUGAAAUAUUUUUGAUUAACAAGGAGUGGAGAAAAAGCGAAGAAAAAGGCUUUUGUAAAAACCGAAUUUUUGAUUAAUCGGAAUUCGUAAUUUCUCGAUUAAUAUUCGUGAUAUAAUGGUUGUUAAUUUCGCUGAGGCGCAGAUUCCUAGUGCCAUUGGCGCGUCGAAAUGAUUCUGAUGUUUAUUAAUAAAUAUAUUCCUAAUUAUAUUAAUUAUUAAGAUCUGAAAUGUUUAAUAUUUUACAUAUUGUAUUAUAGAAUUAGCUCAUUUCAGUUUCUCGAAUGAAUAUUAUAAUAUUUGAAACUAAUUAUAACAAAGUGGGAAAUAAAGAAUAAUUUUGUUUUAUUAUUAUUAUUAUUAUUAACUAAUGAAAUAAAAAAUUUAAUACAUUUUUGUGAUAACGCUAGUUUAUCAAGCGUAUUGAAUAUCAUAAUAAAAUUCGAUAUUAAUAAUACUCCAUUAUUUUAGCCGAAGAUUAGACUUCUGCGCGAAAAUAACUCUUAUUAUAAAAAUAUGGUGGUUAAUUUGUUAAGAAUCAUUUUUGCGUGCCAAAAACACUGUUGAAUAUAUAUCAAAUUCUCUCUAUGUAAAGGGAAAACAUGAAAAAACCCGGGAAGUAACGAGCGCAACGCGCAAUGCUGUGUUUGUGCAAAAUGUGCUUCUGAUUUAUUAUAUUGCAUGUUAAACAUGUUCGCCAGCUACUACUGUGUAUGUACGGCUGAGAUACAUACGUGUCGACAAUGAUACGACGAUUCUACUUGAUGUAUUAACUCGUUCCUUGUUUGAACAUUAUAAUAGUAAUACGGUGCGAUAUAGCUGUAUCACAUAUCGAAGUAUAUGGUGAUAUAAUAUAUUAUAGUCACUCGACGCACUUACCACUUAUCAGUACAACAGAGACACGCUUGUUCCACACGGCGAAUUUCGUCGUUCUGUAUCUUUCUGUUAGUACUAAUAAAAGUAUAUAAUUAUGUAUGAUAACUAUAUAUAAUUAUAUAACUGCAUUGCACAUGAUCACGCAAAAUAAUUUAACAAUAAUUACAAUGGUGUAUCUUUUCCGAUAUUGUAAAAAAAAAUUACAACAGAAAUUUAUAAAUAUCUGUAUCUUUCCCGUGAGAAAAUAAUCUCGAUUUUUGUCUGUGUUACAAUCAAAUUCUUCUCUGAUAUUCAUUUUUAUUAGUGUCGAUUAAUUUUCAGUUUAAUUUACACUUUAUCUUUUUACUAAUCAAAAGUAAGUUUAACCAAGAUUACAGUCAACUUAUAUUAGUAGAAAUGAACAUGAAAGUAAAAGUUAACAUUCAGGUUUAAACAAGUAUUUAUUUAAAAAACCACUUGAACAAUUUCUACUACUUUACUGAGAAAGAAAGAAAUGUUUUUAGUUUAAGUAUUUAUGUAUCAAGUUUAAAUACAUAAGUACUAGAACUGAAGAAAUUUAAUCAAAUUGAAAAAUUUAGUCAACAUAUUUUUUUCAAGGCAAUGAUUUUUUUCAGUGCAGACACAUAGAUCGAAAUUAUUUUUUUUUUAAGACGAGGUAUUUUUUAUAAAAUUACGUGAUAUUAUUACAAUAAUUUCGUUAAUAUAAAAAAUUUUAUUUCAAUUUAUUUUAAUCACAUGUGAAUAAAUUAUUUAAAAAGAACACUUUUGAUAGUAGCGAAAACGAAAAUUAAUUACUUGUCAUAUCGAUUGUGAUGUAAUAACUAUCAGUUUCCGAAAAAAUAAUUGUUUUGUAAUGAAAUAUUUUACACUGAAAAAUAGAGUGAAGAUAAUUUGUUUAUAUAUAUAUAUUUACACACACAAACACACGCGCGCGCACAUACACACAUCAUGUAUAGAGUUAGUGCAUUCGCAUAUAUUUUUCAACAACUGUGUACUGUAAGUGUGAAAGUGUAAUAUAUAAAUAUAUUUAUUUACUUACGAUGGCAA